UGGCAGGGUUGGCAUCGCACACGUGCUUCCGGUAUGUUGCACUGUGGGAAGAUGGCGGCCUCCAGUGUACCAGCAUUGUCAGUGUGGCAGAACUUUAUCCUCCAUUGACAUUGAGCGUUCGCAGGAAUCGGGAGGAUGGUGUUCUGUGGUCGGGUCAACCCCAUCACAGGGUCCUUGGACUGGAUAGAAGAGGAUGAGAACUAUGAUUAUCACCAAGAGAUUGCCCGGUCUUCUUAUGCCGAUAUGCUACAUGACAAGGACCGUAAUGAGAAGUAUUACCAGGGAAUUUGCUCCGCGGUGAAGAGAGUGAAGGACCGAGGAGAAGAGGCCAUUGUUUUAGACAUUGGGACAGGGACUGGACUCUUAUCCAUGAUGGCUCUCACAACCGGGGCGGACUACUGCUAUGCCAUUGAGGUUUUCAAGCCUAUGGCAGAUGCAGCAGUGCAGAUAGUGAAAGCAAAUGGCUUCAGUGACAAGAUCAAAGUCAUCAACAAGCAUUCAACAGAGGUGACAGUAGGACCCGAUGGAGACAUGAUGCAGAAAGCCAACAUAUUAAUCACAGAAUUAUUUGAUACUGAGCUAAUAGGAGAGGGAGCUCUGCCUAGUUAUGAACACGCACAGCUUAAUCUUAUGCAGGAGCGUUGGGAAGCCGUCCCUCACAGAGCCACUGUUUAUGCUCAAGUAGUAGAGUCACACAGGCUCUGGAGUUGGAACAAGCUCUUACCCAUGCAGUUGGAUGGCAGAACCAUUCAACCACCACCUGAAAUGCAGAGCUGCCCAGGAGCCCCCUCAGUGUGUGAUGUCCAGCUGAGCCAGCUAAACCCAGGAGACUUCAGACCACUCAGUGACAUCCUGGUUAUCUUCAGAGUGGACUUCAGCAAGCAAGUCAGCAGUUCUUCGGCGUCUCAUCAUGUCAGCUUCGCAUCUUUGGCCGGUGGAUCAGCCCAGGUGGUAUUGUCGUGGUGGGACAUUGACAUGGACCCUGAAGCUACAAUCAACUGCAGCAUGAAGCCAGGCUGGUUAUAUCCUGCAUUGCAUCCUGUGCCGUGGAGGGACCACUGGAUGCAGUGCGUAUACUUCCUGCCGGAGGAAUUAAAGGUGACGCAGGAGGAGGAGAUUUGUCUCGCCGCUCAUCAGGAUGACUACUGCGUGUGGUACAAUUUGACAAAGCCAAGUGCAGCAGAUAAGAGUUCAUCAGACAGUCCUGCCUGCCGCUGUGGGGCUCACAUCAUGUGGAACCGUGCACGAUUUGGGGAAUUAAAUGAUCAAAGCAGAAUGGACAAAUACAAAGAAGCUUUAAAGAUGAUCCUGACGCCAAGCUCAUUGUGUUUGUGUGUGAGUGAUGGCAGCCUACUGCCCAUGCUGGCACAUUCGGUUGGGGCUUCACAGGUAUUCACCUUAGAGUCUUCUGCCAUGGCUCAGCAGCUUAUGGACAAGAUUUUGCAAAUCAACCACCUCAAAGACUCAAUUCACAUCUUACAGAAAUCUCCAGAUAAACUUACUGCGGCUGAUCUUGGGGAAAGGAAGCUAACUGCUCUGAUUGGGGAGCCCUUUUUCACCACCAGCCUCCUACCAUGGCACAACCUGUGUUUUUGGUACUCCCGUACGGCUCUGUCUGACAAUUUGGCUGAGGACUGCGCCGUCCUCCCCAUGUCUGCUUCUUUAUAUGUGUUGGCUGUUGAAUUUAAGGACCUUUGGAGGAUCAGAAGUCCAUGUGGAAAUUGUGAAGGGUUUGAUGUCAGUAUUAUGGAUCAAAUGAUAAAGAAAUCUUUAGAUUUUCGCGAGUCUCGGGAGGCUGAGCCCCAUCCUCUUUGGGAGUACCCCUGCAGGGCUCUUUCUGAUCCCACUAAAGUUAUAACAUUUGAUUUCCGAGAGAAAGUCCCAACUGAAGAUAUGAAAGCGGAAGGUUCUCUGAACCUUGUGAGGUCAGGUCUGUGUCAUGGAGCAGUGCUCUGGAUGGAAUACCAGCUCACAGAGGAUAUUGCCAUCAGCACGGGACUGCUGCAGGUGACCGAUGAGACGGGCGACUGUCAGUGGUAUCCACACCGCAAGCAAGGAGUUUACUUUUUCAGCUCUCUCUGGAACCCCGGACCAUCCACAGCAGGCGGCCACAGUGCGGUCACGUACCAUUUGACGUUUAAGCCACAAAUGGGAGACAUACAAAUGAGUUUCAUCCCUACAUCUUAGCAUUCACAGUCUCAGAAUAUCCUGCUGUGCCCUCUCCUGGAUUUCCGUAUUUGCUGCCAGACCUGUGGCUUUUAGUUAUUCUUGUAAAAUAUUUGAAUAUGUCUCCCAAAAAGUAAAAUCAUUGACAGUCCGUUUCUCCUUAUACUGGCCUGAUUGCAGCUCUAGCUUCACAAAUCUGACCUUAGGACACUGUCUGUCAAGUAAUUGGCUUAUGGUUAUAAUCAUUGUAGACUGAGCUAUACUACUGAACAAAUGAAUAUGUCAUCUUUUAGUGUAUGUAUAUUGUGGACGUUAUUGGGUCCUUCGGUGGUGCUUACUGGUUUAUUAGUGGGAGGCUCUUAGCAGUUGUGACCAUGCGGAUUUGCUGGUAGUCUAGGUCAGGGCCAGGGAGAGCAGAGCAAUCGUAUCUUUUGUGAAGCUUUUAUUAUCAGGAGCAGUGUGAAUAUGAACUUUUAUUCUUCCAAGAGGUAGUGCCUUCUGCAUUGAACUUAUUUACAGCCACUCCCCUCUGCUAAAGUGGGCAACACAGCAGACACUCGGAGCAGACGGGAGAACUGUGAAGCAGCUCAAUACAGUGAAUCCUUGCCCUGGGCACUUGCAGGAGCAGUUCCUGGCAGAAUAAAACGUCAUAGUCACACUAUUCCUGAUAAUAAAUGCUCCACAAAAGGUAUAUUUGUCCUACCUAGUGCAGUUUUGCAUGGCCAAACUUCUGACAGGUUCCUUUUAGGGUGCAUUCACACGACUGUGGCAUGUUUUGCGGUCCGCAGAUUGCUUAUCCGCAAAACAUGGAUACUGGCCGUGUGCGUUCCGCAUUUUACA